AUGUUAUUGAUCGCCUGUAUGUUUUUACUUAUUUCAGUGGCUGUCGGCCAAGAUUUCAUUCCACCCCCUGGUGCCGCCACCUACCUAGGGGUAUCAUACAAUGGUCUUGCUGGAAACACGGAGGGUGAUCCUCUCAACAACGGGGGAAUAGAUCCAGGUUUAAAACUGACGCAACAAGUGUUUUUGUUAACAUACAAUGAACGGAAAACAUGGAAUGGUUAUAUUAUGGCAGACCAAGUGAAUUAUAAUUUCACAGAUACCUGCACGGAUGUGAAUAGUAUUGAACACUUUUGGGGAAGUGAAAGCUAUCACGAAAAUCGAUUAACAGACCACUCUAGGGCAGAUAAAGACAAGAACAAUUUAGAAAACCAUGAGUUUACUUUAAGUUAUGGGUACAGUUAUUAUAAGUCUCAAUGCAACGACAAUGGCUUCGUAUACUAUGACGAGAAGGUAGUCUGUGACCAUGGAACUGCCCGAUACAUGACAGAGAAUGCAGAGGAUCUUUUUUACCCACUAACGGACGAGUUUGUGUCAGCCGUCUGCGCUCUACCAGAAACCUAUAGCGAGAUAGCGUACAUGGACUUUCUGGACACUUGGGGAACGGAUGUUGUAACUAGGGUGUCUCUGGGGAUCAAAACUACGAAACGGUAUGAGAGUAGUCGAGCGGACUUCGUUGCUUAUGUAGCAGAUGAGUAUCCAAGUACCGCCCAUUACAAUGGAUUCUAUCAAGGAUAUCAAGACUCAGUACGAGUGGACAUGGUGUCAAGUCCUAAGCAUAGACGAAGUGUUAAAUAA